CAUCGAUCACCAGAAAGAACCAAAAGAUGUCGGCUUGGUCAUGUGAUCAGCUGUGUCCAAUCACAGCUGAUCGCAUGGGACAUGUACACUGAUGAUCAGGGCACUGAUGAUCAGUGUGCCCUGAUGAUCAGUGUAGCCCCAGCAGUGCCACCUGUCAGUGUCCAUCAAUGCCAGCUGUCAGUGCUCAUCAAUUUCACUUGUCAGUGCCCAUCAGUGCCACAUAAAUGCCAUGUAUCAGUGCCUACCAGUGCACAUCAAUGCCACAUAUCAGUGCCCAUCUGAGCUGCCUUUCAGUGCCACCUAUCAAUGCCAGUCAGUGCCACCUAUCUGUGCCAGUCAGUGCUACCUAUCAGUGCACAUCAGUGCCAUCUAUCAGUGCCCGUCAGUGCUGCCUAUCAGUGCCGCCUAACAGUGCCAGUCAGUGCUACCAAACAGUGCCAGUCAGUGCCGCCUAUCAGUGCCACCUAUCUGUG